ACAAAAUGGCGCUCGAUCACCCGGUAGUAGUCGGAGGAUGUAUUAAUUUGUGACAUAGCUUAAACACUAUUCAACGACAAGAACAACUACUUUCAGAAAUCCUCGAUCAAGCAAAUUUACCACAGGGAGUAGAAGGGAACAUUUCAGCUCGUAGUACGCUGACAUUUGCACCUCUUCUUCCAAGUUUCUUCAUCAAUUUAUCACAGUUGCAUCUCCUUUCAAUGAUUGCGCUGUAGGUUGCAUUGGCGAACAAUAUUGUGGAUUCACUGGUAAAAAUUAUGUGAAUUUUUCACGAGGUAGUUUGUUUAGAAUUUUUUUACAAGAAAGAAAGAUAAUGCCAAGACACUGAGAGCCGUUUCUUUCGGGACUACAAGAAAUGGCCUGGUAUUACGGUGUUAACAACUCGGAAUUGUACGGAUCGAAUUUCUCCACAGUGCUAGCGGAUGCACCACCUCCUUUGGAUGACACUUUCGAUGAAGACGAUAACGAAAUCGUUUUUCCGAAUGAAGUAAAUAAAUCAAAAAAGUACAGCGGGAAUUCGCGCAAUGAAAAAUUCAGUGAUAAAUCAAAGUUCGAUGGUGACCUUACAAAUGGUAUGAACAAGCCAGGAAAGCCAGAUCAUGUCGAAGAGGAUUCCGAUUUUGGUGACUUUGCUGGUUUUGCCGAUUUCGGGUCCGCUUUUGAACAGGAAAGUAAUGGAGAAUCACAAAACUGGUUCGCAAGUAAUGAAAACAGCAUCAAAACAGCAAGUGGUGAACCAGCCAAUGCUGACGAAUUCGCCGAUUUUGCAGCAUUUGGGGACGAUAAGAGCAGUAUGAAUCAAGAAAAAAUUACCAAUGGGGGUCUUAAUCAAGGUGAUUCAAUGGCUUAUGUCUUGAACAAUCAUGACAAAAAUGAAGCUGGAAAUGAAGGACUGCCAAGUAAUGGUUCUUAUGACAUUGAAUCUGAUGAUGAAUUUGGAGAAUUUGCAAGUACAGACUUACCUACAGUGAAGUCUGAACAGACCUCUUUAGAAAGUGACAGCAAGAGUCAUGAACUUCAGACAGACAUUGAAAUGAGUUCUCUGUUUCAAGGAAAAACUUGCAUGGAAGACAAAGUGAAAUCUGAUGGAGUCAGUGUAGUCAGUGAAGAAACGGGAGGUGUCAUGUCAGACAGUGAUGUUGAUGAUGUAAAAACAGUCAGCCAUUUACUAGAAAUCUCGACUCCAGAAUUCUCUAACAAGUUUAAUAAGGAAACUAAUCAUGUUCAAAAAGAAAUAUCAUCAUCCACACAGGAAGGAAAAGUUUUUCAUCCUGUCAUAAAGAAUGGUGAAUCAGUUCAGUUCAAAAGUUUAUCACCAGCUGAGACACAAGAAAACAUUGAAGAGGAAGAAAAGGCAGACAGUAGUUUAUCCAGAAAAUCUGAUAAGGUAAACAAUAUCAAGAAUAACAUAAGUGAUUCUAGUAAAGUUGAACAUGGUUCAGGUGGAGAAGAAGGACACGAAGAUAAUAAUUCAGAUGAGGAUGGAUUUGGUGAGUUUUCUGACUUCUCACGUUUUUCUAUGAGACCACCAUCAUUAGGUGAUGAUGAUGAUGAUGAUGAUGAUGAUGAUGAUGAUGAUGAUGAUGAUGAGAAGCAAUGUAAUGCACAACUUGAUUCACCUGGAGUCUCCAAGCCGGCUGGUAGUCAAGAAGGCACAGAUUCAUCAUUUAUAAAAGGUGUCUCAGUGCAAGAUGAAAAUUGUGUUAUUGAUGAUGAGGAUGACUUUGGCGAUUUUGGUUCAUUUAAUGAAAAAUACGAUCAGAGCUCUAUAGGUGACACAGAUUUUCCUGUGGAGGAUUCUAAACAAAAGUAUUCACCCAAUGACAAUGGUGUGGCUGAAGUUGAUGAUGACUUUGGAAAUGUCCACUCCUCAAAUUCUGAAGGGAGAACUUUGCCAUCCAACAAUGAAGACAACAAUGAUUUUGGUGUAACUGAUUCAAGUACAAAAGAUUCCCAGAAAGAAACCAAUGAUGAUGAUGACUUUGGGGAAUUUGGUUUUUCUGAUUCUGCAGGGAAAUUGUUUCCUGCUGUAGCUCAAAUCAAGGACAAAUUUGGUGACUUUGAUCAUUUUGAUUCAAAUGGGGAAGAGCUUAAAAAAGACAAAGAUGGUAACAAUCACUUUUCAGAGUUUGGCUCUCCUACUUUGGAAGGAAAAAGUUUACCAGCCGAAGAUCAAGAUGAUGAUUUUGAUGAUUUUGGUUCAUUUCGAUCGAGUGCUGGAGAUUCCAAGAAAGCUGAUGACAACUGCACAGAUGAAUUUGGAGAUUUUGGUAAUUUUGAGAGCAGUAACUCCAAAAACUCCCAAAAGUGUGAGGGAGAUGAUGACUUUGGGGACUUCAGCAAUUUUGAGUCAAAUACGAAAGUUACCCAGGAAGAUGAUUCCAACUACAACAGCUUUGGAGACUUUGGUGCAUUUGAUUCCAAUGAAAAGGAUUCACGAGAAAAGAAUGAAAGUGAAUUUGGAAGCUUUGGUAGUUUUGAAUUCAAAGUGAUAGAUGCACCAAAAGAGAAUGACAAGAACUUAAACAAUGUUGUCAAGUCUACUGACAAUACUGAAGAUUUUAGAACUUCUGAUGGGCAGCUAAAUGUAAAAAUGAAGAAAAAUGCUAACGAACCCAACAAAAAUGAUGUUUUUGGUGUUUUUAAUGGUGAAAGUAAAGAAGAUGAUAGUAGUUUUGCCUCAUUCUCUGCCUCAAAGACUCUUACAGAAUCCCCCAGGGAGGAUAUUGUCCCAAAAGAAAAGUCAGGAGGAAGUCUUUAUUUUGUUCCUGGUGAUAGUGUUAUCAUAAGGCAAGUGGGAGAUCCAGUUUCACUGUGCUUUUCCUCAGAAGUGAGGCAUAUUUCACAAUUUCAAUGUGAUGUUCUGUCUAUGAAAGUCAAGAAAGGUUUUCAGAGUGAAUUGGGAUUGUGGCACCAACUAGAGCGUACUGAUAAGGAAGGCAGAAUACCCUUUCAUUGGUUGAAUUCCUUCAGCCAACACAAAAAAUUUUUGUCCUUGAGGAUACGACCAGACAGACCUCCUCCAAUUCAGGGUGGUUCCAUGCUGAAACCCACAGUCUCAUCUCAGUUUCCACCUUUUGGAGGUGGACUGGCUGGAUCAGUGUUAAUGCCUGCACCUCUUGGCAAAUUACCAAAUUCUUCAUCUGGACUGGGUUUCUUGGAACCUGUGAAAGGAUCACACCUUCCAGUCCAUAGUAUUACACAGGAUAAAACUGCAGGCCAUCAUUCAGUUCACCCAGAAAUGGGUCUCCCAGAUCUAAGUGUAAGUUUAGUGCAAAUUUUGUCUUUAUUGUCAGAAAAGGCUCCAAGUAGGUAAUAAAAUGUGUGAUACUGUCAUACUGUUAAAUAGGUUUGGAUAUUAGUAUUCCUAGAGACUUAAGUCAGUGAAGUUUUGAAACUCUCCCUUGUGGCUUUACUAAUAGCAAUCUGCUCAUGGUAAUUUGUUUUUUGUUGUUUGUUUAUCUUCAGUAAGCAAAAAGCCCCCCUUCUUUAAGAAACUUUGCAUUCUUACAUAAUUUCUAACACUAUGUGAAAUGUUAUUUGUUUGGGAGUUACUUUUUGGGUUGUAUUAAUUGCAAAUUUCAUUUUGACAUAUGUUAUGAGGAUCGCAUUAUUUUCACUGAAUCUGUCACGCAAUCCCAGACUUUUCUAGAAUUAU